AUACAUCUAAGUUCAUUACCUCCAUUUCUUCUUACACAGAGCAGAAGAAAUUAAGGUUGGAAGACUCGGUAAGAACGAGGCAGACAACAAUCCAAGUAAAAGCACAGAAGAAAAGCCGCUUCAUUUGAGCUGCUUUUUUUGAUUUUUUUGCACUACUUUGAAGCUUAUAAUCAAGAAGUUGGCCAUUGCUUUGUAGAGUUGAAAUGCAGAAUCCGGAGAGUAAGCACCACCACCACCACUCCGACACGGAGAUUGUCGCCGGCGACAGGACUUCCUACAGCGGGCCGCUAAGCGGGCCCUUGAACAAGAGGGGUGGCAGAAAAAGCGCCCGUUUCAAUCUCCCGGCGGAUCACUCCUCCGGAGCCUCUCCCGCCGCCGAUGACUACGUCGAGAUCACUCUUGACGUGCGGGAUGACUCGGUGGCUGUGCACAGCGUCAAGAAUGCCGGAGGCGGAGAGGUGGAGGACCCGGAGCUGGCGCUGCUGGCCAAGGGCCUGGAGAAGAAGUCCUCCUUCGGGUCAUCCGUGGCGAGAAAUGCUUCGUCAAGAAUCAGGCAGGUGUCGCAUGAGUUGAAGCGUUUGGCUUCCCUCACGCGCCGCUCUCACCCUGCUGGGAGAUUCGACCGGGCGAAAUCCGCCGCGGCGCACGCCCUCAAGGGGCUCAAGUUUAUCAGCAAGACCGACUGUGCCGCCGCCUGGGCCGGGGUGGAGAAGCGGUUCGACGAGCUGACAGCCACCACCAACGGCCUUCUCCAUCGCUCACUUUUUGGUGAAUGCAUCGGUAUGAACAAAGAGUCCAAGGAUGGCGAGCUCUACGCUCCUGCACGGCGGAGGAACAUCUCCGGCGACUCCAUUACUAAAGCACAGCUGAAGGAGUUCUGGGACCAAAUCUCCGAUCAAAGCUUUGAUUCUCGGCUUCAGACUUUCUUUGACAUGGUCGAUAAAGAUGCUGAUGGCAGAAUAACAGAAGAGGAAGUGCGUGAGAUUAUUACAUUGAGUGCUUCAGCCAACAAGCUGUCGAAUAUUCAGAAGCAGGCAGAUGAGUAUGCAAGAUUGAUCAUGGAAGAAUUAGACCCCAACGAGCUCGGUUACAUUAUGAUAGAGAACUUAGAAAUGCUGUUGCUCCAAGGGCCGAGCCAAUCGGUCAGGGGUGGUGAGAGCCGGAACUUGAGCAAAAUGCUGAGCGAGAAGCUUAAGCCGACGCAAGACCACCCCAUAAAGAGGCGGUACAGAGAUUUCAAGUACUUUUUGAUGGACAAUUGGCAGAGAGUUUGGGUGAUGGCUCUGUGGAUUGGAGUCAUGGCUGGUCUCUUUACUUACAAGUACAUUCAGUACAAGAAUAGAGAAGUGUUUGGUGUUAUGGGCCAUUGUGUCUGCAUGGCUAAGGGAGCUGCCGAGACUCUUAAGCUCAACAUGGCUCUCAUUCUGUUGCCGGUUUGUCGGAACACCAUCACCUGGCUUAGGAACAAGACCAGGCUAGGCGUGGCCGUUCCGUUCGAUGACAACCUCAAUUUCCACAAGGUGAUCGCUGUGGCGAUUGCGUUAGGGGUGGGAAUACACGGGAUCAGCCAUUUGGCGUGUGAUUUCCCUCGGCUGCUACAUGCGACCGAGGAGCCGAUGGAGGAGUUCUUCGGGGAACAGCCGACGAGCUAUUGGCACUUUGUGAAGGGGUGGGAAGGGGUGACGGGGAUUGUGAUGGUGGUGCUAAUGGCCAUAGCCUUCACACUUGCAUCCCCAUGGUUCAGGAGGGGAAGAGUGAACCUACCAAAACCCUUGAACAAGCUCACAGGGUUCAAUGCCUUCUGGUACUCACACCACCUCUUCGUCGUUGUCUAUGCGCUCCUCAUCAUUCAUGGCAUCAAGCUUUAUUUGACCCAUGAUUGGUACAAGAAAACGACGUGGAUGUACCUCACAGUUCCUAUCAUACUCUAUGCUGGCGAAAGAUUGAUCAGGGCGUUCCGAUCCAGUAUCAAGGCCGUUAAGAUCUUGAAGGUGGCGGUGUACCCUGGAAAUGUGCUAGCACUGCACAUGUCAAAGCCACAGGGAUUCAAAUACAAAAGUGGACAGUACAUUUUUGUCAACUGCGCAGCUGUUUCCCCCUUCGAAUGGCACCCAUUUUCAAUCACUUCGGCGCCUAGAGAUGAUUACGUGAGUGUUCACAUUCGGACACUCGGUGACUGGACCAGACAACUCAAAGCUGUUUUUUCAGAGUUUAUGCAAGGAGAUAAUAAUCCCAACUUCCCUAAAGUGUUGAUCGAUGGUCCGUACGGAGCGCCAACGCAAGACUACAAAGACUACGACGUGGUGCUACUAGUGGGGCUCGGCAUUGGCGCGACGCCGAUGAUCAGUGUCGUCAAGGACAUUGUAAACAACAUCAAGGAAAUGGAGGAAGAUGAGAACGCUCUGGAGGACGGGACCACUCCGCCCCAUAACCCUAGCCCCUUAACGACGCCCAGACGUAAAUCAGGAUCAGCGAGCGGGAGACACAACUUCAAGACGAGGAGGGCGUACUUCUACUGGGUGACAAGAGAACAAGGUUCCUUCGACUGGUUUAAGGGCGUCAUGAACGAGGUUGCCGAAACGGACCACAAAGGGGUCAUAGAAAUGCACAACUACUGCACGAGCGUGUAUGAAGAAGGAGACGCUCGUUCCGCUCUCAUUACCAUGCUCCAAUCUCUCAACCACGCCAAGAACGGCGUGGAUAUUGUGUCCGGUACUCGGGUCAAGUCACAUUUCGCCAAGCCCAACUGGCGUACGGUCUACAAACGCAUCGCGCUUAAUCAUCCCAACGCAAGAGUUGGAGUAUUUUACUGCGGAGCACCACCACCAGUGAAAGAACUAAAACAACUAGCCUCUGAUUUUUCUCACAAGACUUCCACCAAAUUUGAAUUCCACAAAGAAAACUUUUGAAAAAAAAAAAAAAACAGAAUGUAGUUUGGUGGACAGGAGAAGCUUCC